UUUGGUUUUGCGGCUGCCCGCCGAGCCCAAAUCGGCACGCCACCGGCAAGCAGCACGCGCACGCUUGACAAGCACGGCCCCAUCCAGCAAACGACGUUGAUCCCGCGCCGCACAACACAGAGGCCCAAUGGACCAGCUCUAUCUGAGGUGCGAAGACCGCCUCGCGGCCUGGGGCGAGAGCUUGAGGAGUUGCUGCGAUGCGUUUGAGCGGACCUGCUGCGGGGCGCUCAUCGCGCGGAAGAAGACGCGGGCCGCGUUGAUUUGUGGGUUGGAUGGAGCGGGCAAGACGACAGUUUUGUGUUGCGUGCCCGCCGUGCGGCGCAAUUUGGAAAAAUGGGCGCGCAAGCAUGGCGUCGACGAGCUGCAUACAGCUCCCACAUGUGGGCAUCAGUUAGUUGAGUUUGCCAUGACGCGGUCAGCGACGGCGCGGUGCGAGCGACGGGCACGCGUGAACUGGAGGGUGUGGGACGUUUCUGGCAAAGAAAACUGGCGCGGGGCGUGGUUGAUGUUCUGCGCGCAUAGUCAUGCGGUGGUGUUCGUGGUGGAUGCGACGGAUGUUGAUAGGCUAGGUCUCGCGCGGAAGGAGCUCCACCAGCUAUUUCGACACCCUGCGUUAAAAAAGAUGCCUCUGCUCGUACUAUGCAACAAGUCCGACGGCCAGACGCAGCCUACCGAGAACCCCGUGCACGCGGAGGCCGACGCGCCGGCGCCCGCGCCCGCGCCUCAUGAUUCGUCGUCGGAGUCCGACGACGAGGGCAAGAAGGACGAGACCAAAGAACCGCCCGUCGAGGAGCCUCCCGCCACGCCGCGGUCGUCCCAGAUCCUGACUGCGGACCAGGUCAAGGCCGCUUUACAACUCGACGCGUUGCAAGCGCAAAACCGACUCGACGUCCGCGUCAUCGAGACGACGGUGACGACGGGCAAGGGCAUCGACGCGGGCUUCCAGUGGCUCACGGACAAGGUCGACUACAUGUAGUAGGGGGCGACUAACAAAACUCCUACUUA